CUCACCCGGCCCGGGCGGCUGGCGAGCCGGGAGUCGCUCGCUGGUCGCACGGGCCGCCUCGCCGCGUCUCCGCACGUGACAAACACUUGCUGGGGGUAUUCUGCCAGGCUCUGCGUGGGACAGGAGGAGCCAGUGAGGAACCCAGGGGCUCCAGCACCCGCCCUAGGACCCGCACAGAAUCCGGCAGUGCCUGUUAGGGACCUGUGGGCAGGACGAAGGAAGGGGGAUCAGCGAGCAGACAGCCUUGGCGAGCGGUCACCAGGGCUGGAGUCCAGGGAUGAGAGUGCCCAGGGGAGAUGUGAGCCCAGCGGCCCUCCCGACAACCUGUCUCUAAAGCAGGCCCCCCACCCCAGGCCCAGCAUGCGCCUGUCGGUGCGGAGGGUGCUGCUGGUAGCCUUCUGCGCCCUGGCCCUGGUCCUGCUGUUCCAGCUGGGGCAGCAGGUGCUGGAGUGCCGGGCGGUGCGGGGGAGCCCCCGGCGUGCCAUGCAGCCGGAGCAGGAGGACCUGGUGAUGGUGGGCACGGACCACGUGGAGUACCGCUACGGCAAGGCCAUGCCGCUUAUCUUCGUGGGCGGCGUCCCUCGCAGUGGCACCACGCUGAUGCGUGCCAUGCUGGACGCCCACCCCGAGGUGCGCUGUGGCGAGGAGACCCGCAUCAUCCCCCGCGUGCUGGCCAUGCGCCAGGCCUGGUCCAAGUCCGGCCGGGAGAAGCUGCGGCUGGAUGAGGCCGGCGUGACGGACGAGGUGCUGGACGCCGCCAUGCAGGCCUUCAUCCUGGAGGUGAUCGCCAAGCACGGCGAGCCGGCCCGCGUGCUCUGCAACAAGGACCCCUUCACGCUCAAGUCCUCGGUCUACCUGUCGCGCCUGUUCCCCAACUCCAAGUUCCUGCUGAUGGUGCGGGACGGCCGGGCCUCCGUGCACUCCAUGAUCACGCGCAAGGUGACCAUCGCAGGCUUUGACCUCAGCAGCUACCGCGACUGCCUCACCAAGUGGAACAAGGCCAUCGAGGUGAUGUACGCCCAGUGUAUGGAGGUGGGCAAGGACAAGUGCCUGCCCGUGUACUACGAGCAGCUGGUGCUGCACCCCAGGCGCUCCCUCAAGCUCAUACUCGACUUCCUCGGCAUCGCCUGGAGCGACACCGUUCUGCACCAUGAGGACCUCAUUGGCAAGCCUGGUGGUGUCUCCCUGUCCAGGAUCGAGCGAUCCACAGACCAGGUCAUCAAGCCUGUGAACCUGGAAGCACUCUCCAAGUGGACCGGUCACAUCCCUGGGGACGUGGUGAGGGACAUGGCCCAGAUCGCCCCCAUGCUGGCUCGGCUCGGCUAUGACCCCUAUGCAAACCCUCCCAACUACGGCAACCCUGACCCCAUCGUCAUCAACAACACGCACCGGGUCUUGAAAGGGGACUAUAAAACACCAGCCAAUCUGAAAGGAUAUUUUCAGGUGAACCAGAACAGCACCUCCUCCCACUUAGGAAGCUCGUGAUUUCCAGAUCUCUGCAAGUGGCUCCGUUGCCAAGAAGGGAAGAAACUGCAUUCGAGUGGAAAUCGGACCUCUAAUCCAAGCAUAUUGCUUGCUAUUAAUUGCCAAAACGGGACUGCUAACGAGGAAUGCAUUUGCAUAUGUUUGCAAAGCCUGAAUCCGUGAAAACUAAAGAAACACUAUGUUCGGACACUCUGGGAUAGAGCAGGAAGAGUGUGGACAUAGUCCGGCUUUUGAAACUUAAGGAUUUUCUAUGUUUCCCCUCGAGAACUUUUUUUUAAGUGGAUUGUCACCCUCCUUCCUUUGCGGGACCGCCUUGGUGGCUUUGUUUGCUGGGACAGGGCCCACGACCUGUGCCUCUCCUGUUGACCCUUAUUUUUGAAUUCAAAGAAUCUAUUUAAAAAUUUAAUAUAUGAGGCUUUCUUUAAUUCCUCCUCAGUUCUUAAUUUGACAAAGAAAAAAUAUAUAUUAUUUGAUUAAAGUGAACAGAACGCAUCUGUCCGUGCCUGACUUUAC